GGGCGUUAUACCGCCGUGUAUCCUCAAUCCCUCAGGCUACCCCCCUGGGUCUCCCUUGUCACUUCUCUCCGUGUUUAUUCGAUCUGUAUCUUUUGGCAGUCUCGCCCAGGUUCAAGUAAACCCUGUUCGGUUUCCUACCACCUCUCCAUUCAUCCACCCCUUAAUAGCGUAUUCUUAAUCUUAGGCGGAUUCGACUCUACCCUCUUCAGUCCUUAUACUGGUUAUCAAGGGCUUGUUUUGUCGCUAGGUUACUGGACAUUAUCUACUGCUGAUCACUGACAGUUUCUAUUCCUUCUGUUUCACGAAAUGCACACGUCUCAACACCUCAAAAUCGACACUUCCCUCCCUUCCACGUUCAAUACUUCUUCUGGUCUCCAUAGUCCGAGUCCGGUCGCUCUGGCUUUGCCGGACUCACAUCGUAUGCGCACCGUAUCCAAUGCCUCGACUGCCUCAUCUCUCGAUAUCGUAUCUCCCAAGACCGUUUCGACCAAUGUUUCUACCAUUUCCCUUCCUCUUGCUUCUUCAUCGAGCCGCUCUCCCUCUCCCAACGGCCUAGUGAGCCCGCUUUCUGGCGAUGAAGAAGAGGAGCUGAUGCCGGAAUACGUAUUAGCCAUGCAUGAUUACACUCAACCUGAAGGAUCGACAUGUCUCUCUUUUCGUGCCGGCCAAGUCAUUCAUGUGCUGAACCGAGAUUCGAGCGGAUGGUGGGAUGGUGAACUCGAAGGCAAACGGGGCUGGUUUCCCAGUAACUUCGUUAAUGCAGAAUUCGAUGGGCGUGGGAUUGAACAUGAAGAAGAAGAAGAGACGUUCAAUACUCGGAUGCCAAUAGGAAUACGAAAACAUGUCCAUUCUCGCUCGAACGCUUCGGCUCCCGCUGCCUCUUACGAUUUUUACACACGUCCGUCGCCAAACUCUGAUAUGGAAUCCUCUGUCCCUCCGAUAAUACUUCCACUGUAUCACACCGUUGGGCUUCUUCAAAAUGCUGCACGAACGAACCGGAUACACCACUUCUCACCUUCGACAGCCACAAUCAUUAGCUGUGUUCGUGCCAUCCUUACUUCAACGGACACGCUCAACAAGGAUGCACCGAUUCUCCGCUCAUAUCCUUCUUUAGCAAAUGAGAGGAAGCAUGUGUUGUCCACACUAGCUUCCCUUGUUGCUCAGACGAAGCGAGCUUCUGAAGAGGAUAUUGAUGAAGACAAUUUGGAGUUGGAGAUCGAUUCGAUGUUGCGCAUGGCGCAGCAGCUUUUUACCCUCAUGCGAAGAUUUCUAGCGGUCGCUGUCCAAUGUGGUAUCGAACUUUCACAACGCCGUGAUUCUACUGUUACCCUAAGUCGGUUUCUGGGUGUAGAGGAUUCGCACCAGGGCGAUGACACGAUCACGCAUGAUGAUAAAGAAGGUCGGGUCGUAGCUGUGAUUGUUGAUAAUGGCAGGACACCCACUAAAAGACUUGCCCGUGGACGACCGGGUACUCCUGGAGGACGUACCAAAAGUACGGGUGACCUUCGUACUCGGUUGAAACAGAACGAGUCAAUGCCUCCUUUGCCAUCGCGUGCUAAUAGAGGGAAAGCACAGGGACAAGGCCACAAACAAGAAAUGUCGGUCAGUAGUACUACAUCUUCAUCGUCGAUAUCGUCCCUGGGCACGACCACAAAGUCGACUAGAACGCCGUUCCCCUGUGGCCCGUGCACUGUUGCUCAAGCUCUUGAUGCUCUCCGAUACACGCAUGAUCAUUUUCUCUCGACUAUCGCGGCAUUCAUCGGGCAUGCACACACACAUUCCAGGGCGUCUCACGCCUCCAGUACGGGACAUAUGUACGAGCUCGUGAGCGAGAUUGUAGAAAUGUCGUGCAAGUUACUUGCCAUUGUUGAAGCCGUUUUGCAGCACCCCGAUGUGCCGAAUCAGAAGCUUGUGCCAUUGAGGGCUGCAAAAGAGACACUUUAUGGUGUUACGAGCCAAUUAGCUGAGUCUGUUCGGCUCCUUACUAUACCUUUGGAUUCUGGGAUCUCUGAAGAGGAGGAGAAGCAAUCAAUCCUGCGGUAUGCCACACUAGCAUUGAGGUCGGGUGCAGAUUUAGCAGCUGCAGUCAAGCUUUGCUUGAACCGGUCGCAAGGGGAACGACCGUUCGUAUUAAACGUACCGUCGCUUGGGCAGUCGGGUGCUCCUUCCCAUGUCUUCAUCAAAGAGGAUGGUCACCAUGACCGAGAGGAUGGCGUGAACGAAGAAGAUGCGACCAUUCAGCCGCCGUCGAAUGGUGCGAGAUACAUACCGCUUCGUGUAACAGGCUCUUCUGGUUCCGAAAGUAGCGAUGAUCCUGCGAAAUCCUUGUCUUCGAGAUCUGGCGAUACGGAUCUGACGUUACCUGAGGACAAGAAACCUCCUCCAUUAUUGAUCUCACAUGCACCUGUCGAACCAGAUCUAGCCUCUCCAACGUCGUUGAUGCGUACGGAUGAAGAUGGUGCUACGACAUGGGAGGGGAGUAUUCGGAGUUAUCCGGAGCAAAAACUGUACAAUGGCAAGUUACCAGGAUUAUUGCCCGAGCUUCCUUCUCCUGUUCCCGACUUUGUCGUUGAUCCUGUGGGGUACAUUUUCCGCCCAGAUCAUGCACAUGAUGAUGUUGCCUACAACACCGAGGAUGUCCUUGUUGGCGCAACUCUAAAUGUUCUCGUCGAAAGGUUGACACCACAUGGAAGCAUCGUCGACCCUGCGUUUUCUGCCGUCUUUUUCAUGACAUUCCGACUUUUCUGUACACCCAUCGAGCUCGUCGAGGCGUUGAUCUCGCGGUAUAACCUCAAUAAACCUGAGGGUUUAUCUCGAGAACAUGAUUUGAUAUGGCAACAGCGAAAGGGGAUUCCGGUGCGAUUAAGGGUAUCCAACUUCAUCAAGCUUUGGCUUGAGUCGUACUGGAGACCCGACUCGGAUAACGUUGCUUUACCAUUACUUGACAACUUCACUCAGGAUGGACUUUUGACGAUGUUUCCUGGGCCAGCUGAACGGAUACUUGAGAUGAUUCGGAUGUAUGCCCUUCGUCGGGAUCCACUGAUCAGUCCUAAAGGUGACCGGACGCGUGACCCUGGAAUGCUUUUGAAUCCGCCUCCUGCGGCUGGAGCGUUCGCAAUAGAGAUUCCAAGGCCUACGAUGACGAAGGCGUUGCUUGCAGCGUUGAGAGCGAGAAGCUUCAAGUCGAUAGUCAUCACCGAUUUUGAUGCUAUGGAGCUGGCCAGGCAGCUGACGAUCAUGGAAUGCACCCUUUAUUGUGCUAUACAACCUGAGGAAGUUUUGGAGUCCGGUCAGGAAGGUGCGAAGCCAGCGGUCAACGUGAAGGCUGUUUCUUCUUUGAGUACUGCUAUUACGGGGUGGGUUGCCGAGUGUAUACUUGACGAGCGGGAUAUGAAGAAGCGUACGACGCUGGUUAAGUUCUUUCUCAAGGUUGCCGAUAAGUGCGUCGGGCUGCAAAAUUACAGUACUUUCCGGUCUAUUUUGGCUGCUCUCGAUUCUUCCACGAUCUCCCGCCUUCACCAAACGUGGAACGGUCUACCUCAAAAGAGCAAGGUUCAAUUAGAAGUUAUGCGGAGAUUGGCUGACCAUAGUCGUAAUUAUCGGGAAUAUCGCUCAAGGCUGCGGAACACUGCGCCACCCGCGGUACCUUUCCUUGGACUAUACCUCACCGACAUCACUUUUUGUAGAGAAGGCAAUCCCUCACACCGUGCCUCCCCUUACAAUCCGGACAAAAAGCUUCUCAACUUUAACAAGUACCAUAAACUUGCGAGAAUCGUUCAAGAUAUGCAGCGUUUCCAAGUAUCCUAUAAUUUGAAAGCCAUCUCCGAGGUUCAGGAGUAUCUUAAUUUUGUGUUCCAAAACUCGCGGAAGAAGGGCGACUUACAAGACCUUUAUCGCCGGAGUUUGUUGGUCGAACCCAAACAGCCUGCCGACACACCUCCAUCUUCACAGUUAUUCGCCUGGACACGUUCUCAGUCACAAAGUUCAUUAGCUCCGCCUCCAUCGUCAUAAUACCAAGUACAUUAUGCUUACCCACUACUUUUCCUACUAGGCAUUGCUGCCCGACUUACACAACUACAUUUCCCCCCCCCCCUUUUUCCUCAGUGUAUGGUUGUUCUUGUUUUUUCGUGGAUUUGGUCUUUUUGUCGAUAUCUGUCUCUAUAUCACAUUAUUUACUUGUUUGCAUCGCAUUGUUUCUCUAUACAUUUACCAUACGUAUACUUGUCCCCAUCUCUUGAUUUAUCAUAUUGUCGUCUAGCUGUGUAAUUUUUGCUCCUCUUUCACGGGCCUGACGAUGUUGGUCUUGGCCAAUUGAUUUACAUGUUGUAUGAUAGCGUGCAUCUAAGCAUCAUCGACCGAAAACCUGCAUGUCAUCACGAGAGAGAACGGCAGGGACCAAAUGAGGUUCAGUAGGUCCCAGUCUCCGAUUCUAAGUGUAAACUCGAUAAUUUAGUGCUCGUCAGUAUGGCCCUUUGAGUGGCUAUAUUUCGUCACGUAGAAGCUGACUGGGUUGGAUUUCCUUCGUCGAAGACCCUCAGGAGAGAUGUCAGGAUAAG